GGGGCACGUGCGAGAUUUCAUUUCAGGAAACAAUCCAAACGCGGCCUUAGCCGCGCAGCGGUGGGUGGGGCUCUGUAAAGUAAUUUUUAAUUACUUAUGGAGCUCGACGAUCGCUACCGUAAUCGGCGUCGGAAUCUCCACCGCACGGCGACACCCUCUAAUUUUAACGGCGGCGGCGGAGCUGGGAAUAAUGAGGAGGACAUUCGCCGGCGGCGAUCGGAGGAAGAGGAUGAGAAGAAGAAUAAAAUUAAAAAGAAGAAGAAGAAGAAAAAAAAAAAGGAGGAUCACGUGGAGUGCACGUGGAAGUCGUGUACGGCGGGGGCGAUCGCCGACUGCGUGGCGGUCUGCUGCUGUCCCUGCGGCGUGGUGAGCAUUCUCGUGCUGGCGUUCGUGAAGCUUCCUUGGGCGGUGGCGCGGCGGUGCAUCGGCGGCCGGAGAAUCAGGUCGCGGCGGAGGCUGGAGGCCGGCGCCGGGAACCGGCGGGAGGAGGACACGGAUGGAAUUCCUGAAUUAGGAAGGGCAGAAACCGGAAACCCGGAAAGUGUGGAAGACGCUGAGAACCUAAAUUACCAAAUUAGCCCUGAGAUGGAUCAAGAGUGGAUAGAGCUUCAGGUUGAGUUUGGCCAUUGGGGCUUUGGCAGACUGUCCUUCACUGGAAUUCCCUUUCAAGAGAAGGGUAAUUGAGGUAUUUUGCUUUCUCAAUUUCCAUUUUUUUUUUCUAAAUGAUCAUAAUA